GUCGAUUCUCUAUAAAUGACAAGAGUCAAUGAUUAAGAAACGCUAACAAUCAGUGAAAAUGAAACUAAUGCCAAAAUAUUUGGAUGAAUUGAAAAUCGUUAAUUAUCUUUCAAAUACAGUAAUUCGUUAACCUUGCAUUAUUUCAUGUGGGCUUUCCGUGCGAGAACAAAUUUUUGGAUUAAAUUAUUCUCUGUACUUUUCUCUAAUAGAUAAAUGUUCAACUUGCACCAUUAGGUUAUAUAUAUAUAUAUAUAUAUAUAUAUAUAUAUAAAUGUAAAAUGUAUAUUUUUGGAAAAAGUUUAAGUUUAUUUAUGCUAGUACUAGCUUCGAUAAUAAGUGUAUUAGGGCAGACUGACGAAUGUGCCGUAGAAACAAAAUCCGAGGAUAAUCUCUCUGAUGAGGAUGCAGAAAAAAUGUAUAUAACUAAAGAUAAUGAUGUAAGCGAUCAAAAAGUUUUAGAACUGAUGACAAAUAUGUCAUUAAAAAAUAGUUCUCUACAUAAAACAAAUAGCCUAAAUUGUUUAACUGGUAAAAUUUAUGGAUCGGUGGAAUUAGUCAAUGCGACAAGACUUAUGGAAUUGCUAAUCUUAGAGCCUGGACCGUCGAAUCGAACUAGGAAUGAUCAAAAUGGUAGACAACAACCAGGAACAUGCGUGCUAGUUUUGUUUUAUGCCAGAUGGUGUGUUUUUAGUAGUCAAGCAGCACCACACUUCAAUGCAUUGGCAAGAUUAUUUCCUCAUAUUAAAUGCGUAGCUAUAGAUGCGAUAAGACAUCAAAGCUUCAAUGCACAAUACGGCAUAGUAGGAGUACCAACAUUGAUGCUAGUACAUAACGGGAAACCCAUAGCUAAGUUUAAUGGCACCGUUUACAAAUUGGAGUUAUUUGCAAGACUUAUUAUGCAUUUUACCGUAUUUUAUCCGAUUAGUUUUUUGUUGGUUACAUCCGCAGAUUUCAGUGGUCCAGUACCUAGCACGCCUUCCAACGAAACUGAUUAUUGUUUAGUACUAUCUUGGAUUUUCAUUGCUGCAUGCGCUUUAUAUUUUACAUCUAAAAGCAGAUGGUGGCAACAGUUCAUUGAAUUAGUUCAAAAUACAUGGCGAGAAAGUAACGCGCAGCACGAGCACGUUGAUUAGGUUUCUUUUAUUUUUUUAUUUCUUAUUUAUUUAUAAAGCAAUAUGUUCAUCCAACUAAGAAAGUUUGACUUAAAAUAAUAGUAUUGUCGUCUUAUUUGAUAAGUAAAAAUAUAUGUUUGUUCUUUGAAAACUAA